UCCGCCGUGUGUCCCCCUCCCCACAGAUGCGCCCGGAGCGGCGGAACGAGGGGCGCGGGUGGGAGGGGUGGGGGUCGCUCCUGGCCCCCCCCUCCUCCUCCUCCUCGUGGGGGGUCGCGGGGGUCGUUCCGGCCCGUGGUCAUCGUGCACGGGCUCUUCGACAGCCCCAGCGACUUCCGACACCUCCGCGCCUUCAUCAACGAGACGCUACCCGGGACGGAGGUGACGGUGCUGGACCUGUUCGACCGGGGGGCGUCGCUGCGGCCGCUGUGGGUGCAGGUGGAGGGGUUCCGGAGAGCCCUCGCCCCCAUCAUGGCCAACGCCGCCCACGGCGUCCACCUGCUGGGAUACAGCCAGGGGGGUCUCAUCUGCCGGGCCCUGCUGGCCACGACCCCCGACCACAACGUGCGCAGCUUCAUCUCCCUGGCGGCCCCGCAGAUGGGGCAGUACGGGGACACCGACUACCUGAAGUGGCUUUUCCCUCGGCACAUGAAAUCCAACCUGUACCGGCUCUGCUACACCCUGGGCCAGGGGGUCUCCAUCUGCAACUACUGGAAUGACCCUCACCACCGUGAGCUGUACCUGAACAACAGCGACUUCCUGGCGCUGCUCAACGACGAGAGGCUGCACCCCAACGCUUCUGACUGGAAGCGGAACCUGCUGCGCAUCGAGCGCCUGGUGCUGAGGGGUCCCGACGACAGCGUCAUCACCCCUGGCAGUCCAGCCUUUUCGGGUUCUACGCACGCCAACGAGACCGUGCGGGACAUGGAGGCGCAGCCGGUGUUCCAGCAGGACACGUUCGGGCUGAAGACGCUCUGGGGCCGGGGGGCUCUGGGGGGCUGUGCCGUGCCGGGGGUCCCGCACACGGCCUGGCACUCCCACCGGGCUGUCUAUGAGCGCUGCAUCCGGCCCUGGCUCACCUAGG